UACAAUACGUUAAUAAUUUUUAUAUUUUCGUCAUUAGUUUUUCCGAUUUGGACUUGUCCCACAAAAAAAUAUGAUUUGAUAUCGAUACAAAGAUGUGAUCCAAAUAUUCAUAUGAAUACGACAUAUGGGGUUUUCAAUAAUAUAUAUGGAUCUAUAAUUUAUGAGGAAAAUUUGAAUAAUCAAAGAUUUUGCUCGGGUGAUUGUAGUGCGUUUAAUCCAACACAAAGACCCAUAGGUAUGUUUCCUAAUAUUCACGACUGUUUUGGAACUAUUCAUGCAUGUUUUCGAAUAUCUAAUUGGGAAACUAUAUGUCAAGGGUGCGCAUGUUUAUGUGAACGUAGUAAUGAUCCAAAGUUAAACAAUAAAAAUGAUGAAUUACUCGAUUCGUUUUGUUUGGAUCCAAUUUCUGUCGAUUUUGGAUAUGUUGCGACUGGCGUUAGAUUUAAAAAAAGGGAAAAUAGAAUUCAGAUCGAACUUCAACAAGGAUAUUUAAGAAAUGGCACAAUUGAUCAGAAAACUGUUUCAUGGAAAUGGAUAAAAGAAUGUGAAAAUUCUAAAAAGGUUGUUGAUAAUUUCAAUGGUUGGAGUUAUGACGGAUUGAAGGUUAUACUAGAAGAUAAUAUUCUACCAGAUGGCGCCGUCGUCACAGGUGUAACAUUCAAUGAAUCAUUGCAAGGAAAAUAUAUUGACCAUAAUGGAAACAUUAAUCGCUAUUGGCCGGAAUUCAGUCAACAAACACAAUGUUUUGAGAGGACUCUUGAUUUAGUGCAUGAGGGUUUAAAUUUAAGGCCGCCUACGGCAUUCAAUGGUAAAAUGAAACAAUUCAGUGAAUCAUGUAAACAUCAUGUAUUAUUUGGCGGUACAUCUUUAAUAAGUGAUCGUAUAAAUCAUAUAGUACCCUUCAUAGACUUGCAAGAAGUUACCACAAAUCCAUCGCAGCCAAUUAGUGGCAUCGGCUGGUUCUAUCGAGGCCAACCUGAAUACGGAGGAUAUUUAUCUUUGAGAAUUUUUGUGAAAAAAAAAAAUGUUAAUGAAAAUACUGAGAGCCGCAUGUUUCAAUAUCAGAACGAUAUCAUACCUUUUUUUGGAUAGAUCGAAAAAUUGUUUUAUAAAAAAAUUACUGUUUAUUUACUAAUAUUAAAAUACAUAAUGACACAUUCGUUAUUUUUUUAUCUAAAUGAUUUCAAUGAAAAAACCCAC